CUGAGGGUCACGUGGUGUGCCGGGCAGCCGCCCCGCCUCUCCGAGGCCGCCCCGCCCCGCCCCGCCCCUUUCCCGCCGGGACGCUCGGAGCCGCCCCGAACUGCGCAGGGCGGCCGGCGGAGUCAUACUCCAUGGGUUAUGUGAUAGAUGAUCUUCUUGGCAUAGAAGACAAUUUAAAGAAUGAUGUACCUUAAAAGUGCUCCACUGUUUACUGACAUUUAUCAUGUCUGUUUGUUGAAAAAUCAGCUGAGGUUUAUUGUCACUCCUUUGAAGGCUUCAUUCCAGCGCUCCAAUAGUCAUGACAAAGUAAGGAGAAUAGUUGCAGAGGAGGGUCGUACAGCAAGAAACCUGAUAGCUUGGAGUGUUCCACUAGAAAACAAAGAUGAUGAUGGAAAACCUAAAUGUCAAACUGGUGGAAAAUCUAAGAGGACAGUUCAAGGCACUCAUAAAGCUACUAAACAAAGUACUGCAGUGGACUGUAAAAUAACAUCAUCUACAGCCGGAGAUAAACACUUUGACAAAAGUCCCACUAAAACAAGGCACCCUCGGAAAAUUGAUCUAAGAGCUCGAUACUGGGCAUUUCUUUUUGAUAAUCUUCGCCGAGCAGUAGAUGAAAUCUACGUAACUUGCGAAUCAGAUCAGAGUGUGGUUGAAUGUAAGGAGGUGCUAAUGAUGCUGGAUAACUAUGUAAGAGAUUUCAAAGCAUUGAUUGACUGGAUUCAGCUUCAGGAAAAGCUAGAGAAGACAGAUGCUCAAAGCAGACCAACAUCAUUGGCAUGGGAAGUAAAGAAGAUGUCUCCAGGACGUCAUGUGAUUCCAAGUCCAUCAACAGAUAGAAUAAAUGUAACGUCAAAUGCUCGACGAAGCUUAAAUUUUGGAGGUUCAACUGGCACAGUGCCAGCUCCUCGUCUGGCUCCCACAGGUGUCAGUUGGGCUGACAAGGUAAAGGCUCAUCAUACAGGCUCUACUGCUUCUUCAGACAUAGCAUCCGCCCAGUCUUGCCCACCAAUGACAGUGCAGAAGCCUUCACGCAGAAAUGAACGAAAAGAUGCUGAAGGAUGGGAGACUGUUCAGCGAGGAAGGCCUAUUCGUUCUCGAUCAACAGCUGUGAUGCCAAAAGUUUCAUUGGCAACAGAAGCUGCAAGAUCAAAGGAUGACAGUGAUAAAGAAAAUGUAUGUCUUUUACCUAAUGAAAGCAUACGGAAAGGUGAAUUUGUUGGAGAUGGAUCUUCUGAUACUAUAGAAUCUCAUCCCAAAGACUCAUUACACUCUUGUGACCAUCCUCUUGCCGAAAAAACGCAGUUCACAGUGACUACAUUGGAUGAUGUGAAGAAUUCUGGCAGCAUUCAAGACAAUUAUACACCAACUUCUGAAAUAUCUACUGUCCACAUUGAUACAGAGUGUGUUUCAGUUACGCAGCAAGCUAGUACACCUCCUUUGCAAGUAAAUGAAGAAAAAUUUCCAGGAGAGAAAGCAAGAAUAGAAAAUGAAAUGGACCCUUCAGAUAUUUCAAAUGUGAGUGCUGCUAACUUGUCCAUGGCAGAAGUCCUUGCUAAAAAAGAAGAGCUAGCAGAUCGUCUAGAAAAGGCCAAUGAAGAAGCCAUUGCUAGUGCUAUUGCUGAAGAAGAACAGUUAACUAGAGAAAUUGAAGCUGAAGAAAACAAUGAUAUUAACAUUGAAACGGACAAUGACAGUGAUUUUUCUGCCAGUAUGGGCAGUGGGAGUGUAUCUUUCUGUGGUAUGUCCAUGGACUGGAAUGAUGUCCUUGCAGAUUAUGAAGCUCGUGAGUCUUGGCGCCAAAAUACAUCCUGGGGGGACAUUGUAGAAGAAGAACCUGCUAGACCUCCAGGACAUGGAAUUCACAUGCAUGAAAAACUUUCUUCACCCUCUCGUAAAAGAACAAUUGCAGAAUCUAAGAAGAAACAUGAAGAAAAACAAAUGAAAGCACAGCAGCUAAGGGAAAAAUUACGUGAAGAGAAAACAUUAAAGCUUCAGAAAUUGUUAGAAAGGGAGAAGGAUGUCCGGAAGUGGAAGGAAGAAUUACUAGAUCAGCGACGCCGGAUGAUGGAAGAAAAAUUACUUCAUGCUGAAUUUAAGCGAGAAGUGCAAUUACAAGCAAUUGUGAAAAAAGCACAAGAAGAAGAAGCUAAGGUAAAUGAAAUUGCCUUUAUAAAUACCCUUGAAGCCCAGAACAAACGCCAUGAUGUUUUAUCAAAAUUGAAGGAAUAUGAACAGAGGCUGAAUGAGCUACAGGAAGAGCGUCAGAGAAGACAGGAAGAAAAGCAAGCACGUGAUGAAGCUGUGCAGGAACGUAAGAGAGCUCUAGAGGCAGAACGGCAGGCCCGGGUGGAAGAAUUGUUGAUGAAGAGGAAAGAACAAGAAGCUCGAAUUGAACAGCAGAGGCAAGAAAAAGAAAAAGCCCGUGAGGAUGCAGCCCGGGAAAGAGCUAGAGACAGGGAAGAACGAUUGGCAGCACUCACAGCCGCUCAACAAGAAGCUAUGGAAGAGCUACAGAAAAAAAUUCAGCUCAAGCAUGAUGAAAGUAUUCGAAGGCACAUGGAACAGAUUGAACAAAGAAAAGAAAAAGCUGCUGAGCUAAGCAGUGGGCGACAUGCAAAUACUGAUUAUGCCCCCAAACUGACCCCAUAUGAAAGAAAGAAGCAGUGCUCUCUCUGCAAUGCCCUGAUCUCUUCAGAGGUAUAUCUUUUUAGCCAUAUUAAAGGGAGAAAACACCAGCAAGCUGUGAGAGAGAAUAGCAGCAUCCAGGGGCGUGAACUUUCAGAUGAAGAAGUGGAGCAUCUUUCCUUGAAGAAGUAUAUUAUUGACAUUGUGGUUGAAAGCACAGCUCCAGCAGAUGCUUUGAAAGAUGGGGAAGAGAGGCAAAAAAAUAAAAAAAAAGCCAAGAAGAUAAAAGCUCGGAUGAACUCCAGGUACUCUUAAAAACAAAUACUCUUA